GCGCUUCCGGCCGGAAGGGGCUCCGCGGAGGGGUGGGGGACCGAAGGGAAGUCCCGCCUCUGCCGCCCCCGGGACGCAGCCGACUGCACCGCCGCCGCCGCCAAGCACCUGGCCGGGUCCCGGAGGGUCGGGCAGAUCUGAUUCCGGAGCUGUCAUGAUUGAAGUGGUAGCAGAGCUGAGCCGGGGUCCUGUAUUUUUGGCUGGGGAGGCGCUGGAGUGUGUGGUGACCGUCACCAACCCCCUUCCCCCCACGGCCACUUCUGCAUCCAGUGAGGCCCUGGCCUGGGCCAGUGCUCAAAUCCACUGUCAGUUCCAUGCCAGUGAGAGUCGAGUAGCACUGCCUCCCCCUGACUCUAGUCAGCCAGAUGUCCAGCCUGACAGCCAGACUGUCUUUCUGCCGCACCGAGGUGAGAGAGGUCAGUGUAUUCUUUCUACUCCACCAAAAAUUCUAUUCUGUGACCUGAGGCUAGAUCCUGGAGAGUCCAAAUCAUACUCCUACAGUGAAGUGCUGCCUAUAGAGGGACCACCCUCCUUUCGGGGUCAGUCAGUCAAGUACGUCUACAAACUGACCAUUGGCUGCCAGCGUGUCAACUCCCCCAUCACUUUACUCAGAGUCCCUCUGAGGGUUCUUGUGCUGACUGGCCUUCAGGAUGUUCGAUUUCCCCAGGAUGAGGCUGUUGCCCCAUCUAGUCCAUUCUUGGAGGAGGAUGAAGGUGGGAAGAAGGAUUCAUGGCUAGCCGAGCUGGCUGGGGAGCGCCUAAUGGCUGCCACAUCCUGCCGCAGCCUCCAUCUAUACAAUAUCAGUGAUGGCCGAGGGAAAGUUGGGACAUUUGGCAUCUUCAAAUCUGUGUACAGACUUGGUGAAGACGUGGUGGGGACCUUAAACUUAGGGGAAGGAACGGUAGCUUGUUUGCAGUUUUCAGUAAGCUUACAGACUGAGGAGCGUGUACAGCCUGAGUACCAGCGGCGACGUGGGGCAGGGGGUGUCCCCUCUGUGUCACAUGUGACUCAUGCCCGGCACCAGGAAUCCUGCCUACAUACAACCAGAACCAGCUUCUCCCUCCCAAUCCCUCUCAGCUCCACCCCAGGCUUCUGCACAGCCAUUGUGUCCUUGAAGUGGAGAUUGCAUUUUGAAUUUGUAACGUCCCGAGAACCAGGAUUGGUACUUCUUCCCCCUGUGGAACAGCCUGAACCUACCACCUGGACAGGUCCUGAGCAAGUACCUGUAGACACCUUCAGCUGGGACCUCCCCAUCAAGGUGCUGCCAACCAGCCCCACCCUGGCCUCAUAUGCUGCCCCAGGCCCCAGCACAAGCACCAUAACCAUCUGAAACUGGCCCACCCUGGUGCUAGUUCCUUCCGGAUACUGAGAACUCAGCACCUGAACUCUAGUGGGACCCACUUUUUCCACCUGAGGUCUAAUGGAGUGGACAAUGAGAGUCAGCCUUUCAGCCAUAGCAUUAAUUUAUUUAUUUGGAAGACAUUGGCAGCUGCUAGUGGUUUCCCUGGAAGUGGCAGCAGCAGUGAGCAGUCAGCAGAUGGGUGAUCAGUUGAGUUUAGCUGGAGUGGGGAGCAGGAGCCCCAGGAACAGGGGUGUUGGCUGAGCCCCACUCUGGGUCAGGCCCUCCCCCUUUGCAGGGUAGCCGAGGGUCAGAUUUUUGCACCAACGAGAACUGGCAGGUUCCUGCCUCCUGACGUACCUCACACCCAGCCGGGAAGUCGAUGGGAUGCUGGGACCUGAGGAACCAAGGUUGGGGGAAGAAGUCAGCACAGUGAAAGGCUGCCUUUAUCCCUGCCCAUGUUCCCUCUCUCACAGCUUUCCCCGCAGAGUCUCCUUGAGGGGCCCCUUGGUCCUCCUAACUAAGCUCUCACCUACCAUAUGUAGGCUUUUUUGGUUAUAUAACAGGAGUGUUUUUUUUUUUUUCUCCAGGUCCACCCCAACCUCCCCUGAUUUAUAGCCUGAAGCCUUAUCUUUCACACUAGUGUUGGUCCCUUCAGGGUCAUCCCAUCUCGUACUGCUCUUCUGUUCAUUCUUACAUCACAGCAAUCCAGUCACCCCCUGAUCAUCCCUCAGUCACUCAAAUCAGAGUCAUUCUCUGGCCAUCUUUAGUCACUCACGUGUCACAGCAGCCCACACCGACAGGAUGCAGACAGGUGCAAUGGAAACAAUCCUUGCGGAGCCAAGACUCACCCAGGGUGAAAUAUUUCCCCUCAUAGUGACAGGGGGCUAGGGAAGAAAGGGAAAUGUUAGUGGGUGUAGGAGUGCUGAUGAGAGGCAGAGUCUCUUCGGGUCUUGAGUGGAGAAAAUAAGUAUGUACUAUCCCCAUGUUUAGUUUUUCUUUCCUGUUUCACAGCUGGAGGGAGCCUGGGUAUUCUGACACAGGAUCAUCUCUAAGGCCCUGUCCUCCCAGUGCCCUCUCUGCUCCUCCUCCUUUCCUAACACCUCACCCCACUUUACCUUGAGCUUGGAAGUAACACUUGCUGUAGACUCCCGGGUGCAGGAGAAGUAGAGACAUCACCAAGCAGAUGAUUCCCCAGCCUCCUAGGAUCCCUUUGGCCUGUCCAGCCCAGAGCAUCCUCGGGGCCAUUGCUGCUGCACAGCCCUCUCGGACCUCAGCCUCUGCUCAGCUACUCUAGUCUUGACUCCUUGACUUUGCUUUAUGUUGCUCCUUGAGUUUUAGUUUCUCUCUUUCUUUCCCGGGCUCCUGUCUCACACUAUCUCCCUGCCCUCUACUCUCACAGGCUGGGGAUGUUUAUAAAGUGAGGACCCUGGCCCCCUGCUGAGCAGAGCUGGAAAAGCUGUAACUCUGUUUCCUGAGGUGAGGGCAUGAAAACAAGAGGUCUAGCUUUAACAAGCUGUGAGAGCUGAUUCAUGCCCCAGCACAGCUAGAGGGAGGGAGGGAGGUGGCUAUGGAGGGGGCACUGGAUUGGGCACUUCCCUAGCAAGGAGGUAGGAGGGGGUGAGGGCCCCCAGGUGGUCUCCAGAUCUCUUCCCUGACCUGGAGAGAAGGAAGCAUUCCACUUUCCCCCUUUCUCCCCCACUGCCACCACCAGGAGUGUGUAUGCUGGGAUCCCUGCCUGGACCGGAGGGAGGCAUUUCCUGGGGUUGGUUAAUCCUGUGCCCCAGCCAAACCCAGGAGCUGCAAUAGGGUGCGACGGCCAGAGGCUCCAGGAGAGUGAGCAGGCACCUGGAGUGGAGACUGUGUUUCCCUUAGACCCUAGGGCAGGGUUUCCCUAAUGUAUCCAAGAAAUAGGGCUGCCCCUCAGAGAUGAUAGAGGUCUCUUUUCCUCAGGCAUUCCAGAGGAACUGUCCAUUGCUUAUCACCCUCAAACAUACAGCAGAUGCGGGAUCAUCCCACACCUGGGGAUGGUUCUUUCCCCCUUUCAAAGAGGAGCAUCUCCAAGUGCCCUGAUGGGAGGAAUCACUUCAGUUUCACAGCGGUGUUCUUUCUUUCCUUCCAUAUGUAAUGGAGUGAGGUUUUUAGGAAUUUGUCAUUUAGCAUCUCCUUUGAGUUUCCCACAGGUUCUGGAGGAUCUCGGGAUGGAUGAUUGAGAGCUUAGGCUGUAGAGAUGGUCUCCUUGGAUUCAGAACCUGACUCCACUUAGCUGUGUGACCUGGCCAGAUUACUUCACCUUGCUGAGCCUGUUUGCUCAUCUAUAAAUUGUGGGUAGUAUUGCCAACUCAUCAGGCUGUUAUGAGGAUUAAGUAAGAUAAUGUGUGCAGUGCUCAUCACCAUCUCUGGUGCGUAAGCAUCAGAAAAUAGCAUUUGCUCUGAUUGGUACUAAAGCUCAGAGGCAGAUGGGUGACAUUCAUUUCUUUGAAUGACAGUCAGCAGUUUGUGCGUAGCUGAGGGCUUCUGUUGGGGAUGGCUCCCUCCUGGCAUAGGCCUUUGCCCCUUUCACAGUCAUGCUCCAUGUCAACAGUCCCCAACCGUUUUGGUACCGGGACUGGUUUUGUGGAAGACAAGUUUUCCACCAGCGGAUGGAGGGGGAUAUUAGCGUAGGUGGCCGGGGUAGGGGGGAAGGGGGUAGGAGAUGAGUUUGGGUUGAAACUCUUCUACCUAAGAUUAUCAGGCAUUAGAUUCUCAUAUGGAGCAUACAACCUAGAUCCUUUAGAUGUGGAGUUCCCAGCAGGGUUUGCACUCCUGUGAGAAUCUUGUGCUGCUGCUCAGGAGGAGGAGCUCAGGCGGUAAUGCUCACUCAUCCACUGCCCACCUCCUACUUUGCUCCUGUUUCCUAAUAGGCCACGGACUAGUACUGGCCUGUGGCCUGGGGGAUGGGGACCCCUGCUCUAUGUCACCUUUUCCACGUCUUUCAAAAGCAGGUACCUCCAGGGGCAUUUUGGUUUUGGCCCUUGUGUUGACUUCUGAAUGUCUGGUUUGAGAAACUGUUGCCAAUAAGCCUGCUUUCUCCAGAUCUGCACCCUCGCCUCUACCCUGGGACAAGCUGUCCUUUUCUUAUCAGCCUGCCAGAUAACUUUAAGUCUCCUGUUUUUCCUCAUUGGGAUUCAGAUCCAUUUCUCCCCGUCUCUGCUCAUGUGAACUCUCCAGUUCUUUCUUGCCACUCUCCUGCUAGCCAUCUUGGUGGCACUAAAGGUCCUGGUCAGACUGGAUUUCUUUCAUUUUUCUACACUUCAAAGACCCAUGUUCCAGGUAUUCCCCACAGGGAGAGUCUUUUUGGCAUUUAUUUUGUUUUUCUAAGUUUUCAGUUCCAUUUACUCCCAAGACUCACUUCCUGCCACCUAGUGCAUCAGAUACAACUACUUCUGGCCGACUUUUCAUGGGGGCCACCCUGCCUGUCACCUCUUCAUUGUUCAGAAAUGACUGUCAGUGUACCUCCAUCUCCCUUGCUGUCCUCUUCCAAGAAGACAGCUGAGGUGGAUGGAGAUGUAGAAUGGACCUCAUGUUCACCCUAGUCGGGUCUGAUACCCUUUCCAUUUCAGAAGAGUGCCAAGAAAAAAACUCACAGUUGAAGCAGGGUGCUCUGAGGUUGGCUGCGGCAUGGGGGGUACGACAUGGGCCUGCUGUCUGGACUGGAGCAGGUGGAUUCAAAGGCCUGUCUAGUAGGAGGGCCCAAAGGUCUUGUCAGUGGCCAGUAGCUCUGUUGCCUUUCCCGGAGGGGGUACAGCGAACACCCUGGAAGGCUGGGCCCUGGACCACCUUCUGCUCCUGCAAGCUGGAGCCAGCCCGAUAGGGGGCGGGCAUGAGUAGGAAGCUGGGGAGCUGGAGAGCUUGAAGGUGGGGGGAUGAUGCCAAAGGGAAAGAGAGCCCCAAUGGGGAUUGGUGCAUGUGUGGUAAUGGGGACCGAAGUGAGGGUUCAUCGCCUAUGACAAAGAUGAGGUAGGUAUAUAGGGGCUUCUGGAAAGCUAAAGGCUGGGCUGAGCCAAGAGUCUUCUUCCAGAAGUUGAGGGGGGCAGUGCAGAGGUGUGGGUUGAGCCCGCAUGCGUGCCUGCGGAGAAGGGGUGAGUGGUGAGGAUCCGGCCUGCUGGGUCCUGGGGGCGUGGUGGCUGGCUCGCAGGGCCUGGAGGGGGCGGCUGGCUCGCGCUGCACGCAGGGGGACAAGGAAAACAUCCGCCGGAGGCCCAGCCGGGCAGAGCUCCAGCCUCGGGGCAGGUGCACGGCGGCGAGGAAGUGAGCGCAUUCCGGCCCCCCCCCCACUUCAGCCGCCGGGCCUCUGGUGAGUCACCACCGACCCCCGCCGCUGGAGGGAGAGCUGAGCUGCGGGCCAGAGCCCAAGAGGGUCGGUUAAGGAGCCUGGAAGGUUUCUGGGAGCAAAGGGUCACUGAGUGGGCUUCUGUCCUGGUGUCGCUACGGGCGCGAAAUGGACACUGAACAGUCUGACUGAAUUGAGGCAGGUGGGGAAUGAGCCCCAAGAUAACAGCGGGCUGAGAGCUGACCCCAGGGCAAAGAGGGGCCCUGGUGAGGUGAAAACUGGGAGUCAGCGCAGGUGGCAAGGCUUAGAAAGGGAGGGGAGCCGGGCUGAUUGGGGUGACAGGAAGAAAGUGCGCCAAGUUAGGCCUGGGAGAACUGAGGGACCUGAGCAGAGACGAGGGAGAACAACAUCAGAUGGGAAGGCAGAAAUGGCCAAACCCCAGGCAUCAGGUCUGGCCAGAGGCUGGGGUAGACAGUGAAGGGUAGGUUUUAGGGAGUAGGGGGAGUUAAGAUUAUUUGGGUACAUUUUGGGAUUUGGUCUCACCGGUAGAAGGGAACCUGCUGGUCUCAGGAAGAGUAACGAUGGCUUCAAAGCAAGGUUGUCUGUGUCUUGGAUUACUGUCUGCUAUUCAGCCUUUGCCAAAAAAUUUGGCACUGAUCUGCACAUUUUUGUAGUCAUUUAAAAUUAUAUGACUAUCAAACAAGUAAUUUUGAUGGAUUUUUUAAUUUAAAAAAUUAAAAUAGAAAAUUUGCAUAGUUUAAUUCGGUAUUUGACUUAAAACCCAAAGUGAGGCUCUCAGAUUGGUAAUAUGGUGUCAAGCCUUUUGUUUGGCUUUUGUGCCAUUUUCCCCUCACUGACUUGUUUGAAUUCUUUGUGGCAGAUGCUUCAGUUUUUCUGUGUCAGUAGUGUUGUUGCAUUUCUACUUUUCCUGUCCCUCAUUUUACUGUCUUUGUUUUUAACCUUUUUCUGUGUAGCCCUCUAAACUCCCCUAUAUAUUUUGAACCAAGAAGAACAUUUAUUGGAAUGGGACUACAGUAUGCAAAGACAAAUAACUCACAGUUUUGCUGUAUAUGUUACGCUACUGUCUUCUUUGGAUGUAUAUGUAACUAUAGUUUCUGUAUUUAUCCUGUGGCUGAUAGAAAAAGUUAAAGCUGUUUAAUUCACCAUAGUAUUUGUACAACAGCAGUUUAUUAGGCUGACUUCUCUUCUAAAAUCAACACUAUAAUGGCAUUUUGUACUUGUCCCAGAGAUACUAAUUCUGUCAUGAUUCUUAUGAUCUGUGUUAUGUUGGGCCAAAGGUGAUUACAAGGAUUAGGAUCUUUAUAAUUUAUUUUAAAGAUCUUUAAAUUCUGUGUUGCCUUUGGUCCCAAACAAGCAAAUCUGGAUCUUGUUAAUGAAAGAAAGAAAGAGAGAAAGAGAGAGAGAGAGAGAGAGAGAGAGAGAGAGAGAGAGAGAGAGAGAGAGGAGAGGAGAGAAGAGAGAGAGAGAGAGAAAGAAAGAAAAGAAAAGAAAAAGAAAGAAACUGUCUUACUUUGGGCACUGUUGCUUUCUCCCAUGCUGUUUCAACCCCAGCCCUACCCUAUUCCCAGGGUCCUUUGCCUUCAUUCCUUCUUUGCUCUGCUGGGCAUCUUUGGAGGAAAACUUCACACUGACUUCCUCUACUAUAAAUUCUCUCCCUCCUCUCAACUCUACACUUCUCUUUGCCAACAUACACCACUACUGCUUUAGUGAUUUUUUUUUUUUUAAGCCCACAGCCCUUUCUGGCUCUUUUCCACCUUUAACACUCUUAUGUCGAAAUCCUCUUUUUCCUCCUUUCUCUUUGGUAAGACCUCAGACUUUUUAAAAUGCUGGGCUUGAUUGUUUAUUCUGCAUGGUCCACUUCUGCCUUCCUUCCUCUUCUAUUACCCUUUUCUUAUUCUAGACUUUAAACUCAGUUACGCUUGCCUUCACCAAAACCUUAACCUUUCCUAUGAUUAGAAAAAGAUGCAUAUGUUUCCAUUAUUUUUCCCGCAAGAAAACACAUUCUCAAAUUCAUAUGCACUUCAAACUCUCCUCCCAACAUUUUGCAUCCAGAAGCAUAAUGUGGCAAUUAUUGUGAAGUCCACUGAAUGACCAUUGAAGCUUGGUGUUAUGCCAGGCACUGUAUAGUGAAUUUCAUAAUGCUGGUGCCAGAUUUCUGAAUUAUUACAGACAACAGAUGAUAGGCUAGGCACAGUGGUUCAGGCCUGUAAUCCCAACACUUUGGGAGGCAAAGGCAGGAAGAUUGCUUGAGGCCAGGAGUUCGAGACCAGCCUGGCUAACAUGGUGAAAUUCUGUCUCUAAAAUUACAAAAGUUAGCUGGGCAUGGUGGCACGUGCCUGUAAUCCCAGCUACUCUGGAGGCUGGGAUGGGAGAAUCGCUGGAACCUGGGAGGCAGAGGUUGCAGUGAGCCGAGAUUGUGCCACUGUACUUCAGGCUGGGUGACAGAGUGAGAUCCUGUCUCCAAAAAAAAAAAGAGGAAGAAUUCUUUGAUAUGCAAUUGCUUCUCCACUUUCCCUUCCCUCUCAUGAUCUCUGCUCAGUAAAACCAAGGUGCAUUUUCUGGACCCAUCUAUCUUGGGGGUGAUUAGUAGUAAAGGGUUGUAAAUACUUGUAAUUUUUUUUCCUUUCUAAUAUAAUUCUUGACCUCCUUCUAGAAGCCCUGUCAUCUUAUCUUUGCUGGAGAAUUUUUAAGCUUUUUUUUUUUUUUUUUUUUUUGAGACAGAGUCUUGCUCUGUUGCCCAGGCUGGAGUGCAGUGACAUGAUCUCAACUCACUGCAACCUCCGCCUCCUGGGUUCAGUGAUUCUUCUGCCUCAGCCUCCAGAGUAGCUGGUAUUACAGGCGAGAGCCAGCACGCCUGGCUAAUUAUUUGUAUUUUUAGUAGAGAUGGGGUUUCACCAUAUUGGCCAGGCUGGUCUCGAACUCCUGACCUCGUGAUCCACCCACCUCGGCCUCCCAAAGUUCUGGGAUUACAGGCAUGAGCCACCGCACCCAACCCAAGCAUUCUUUUGCAGAAGAAUCUCUAAUGUCCUUUUUUCAUCCAGAUCUACACUUGAUGAAUCCUAAAGCUACUUCUGCACAGUUCCUUUAUCCAUUUUUUUUUUGUUUUUCUUUUCCAUUUUUUGUGCCUGUGUUAUUUUUCAUGGGUUUAUUAUCUCUUUACAAAUGGGCCGCAUCCACUGAGGGGCAGCAUUGAUUUCCCACUGCUGUCACCCAGUGCCUCAGCGUCCCUUGAUCCCUUUUUUCGUUCACUCUUGCUGGCCAUACUUACUUCCCUUUAUUGUCUGUUCUAAUCUUUUCCUUACCUAUCUCUUUAAUGAAAUUCAUUAUUUUAAAAAAGAUUUCUGGGGUCUCAAAAGUUUUUCAGGAGACCUCACAUAAGUUGUUGCAUUGUGAGCUAAAACUGUGUAGCAUUGAUUUCCCCCCAGAUUGGGGCUGAUGGUGGGGGGGUUGAGACAGCAGAAUAUCCUCAUGUACAGAGUUUCUCUGCUGUGACACUGUUAACAUUUUGGAGGAUAAUCCUUUGCGUGGUGGGGGGGGCUGUUCUGUGUAUUGUAGGAUGCUUAGCAACUUCUCAAUAGAUGCCAAUGAUAUCAUCUCAGUUGUGACAAUCAAAAUGUCUCCAAAUUCUUCCAAAUGUUCCUGGAAGACAAAAUCUACCCUCUACCCCAGUGUCGAGAAUUACUGUGCUGGAAUAUCAGCUUUUUGAAAUUGAUUAAAUGGUUAUACUUUCUCUUCCCAAUUUCUGAUUUGUUUGCUCAGCUGGAGAUUUAGAAGUGUGGUCUUUGACUUACUUGGUCAGUGUAGCCUCUUAAAAUUUCAGGUUCCUGAGCUUAUCCUUAUGCUGAAUCAGAAACACUGAAGGUGGAAGUCAGAGAUUGGAUUUUUACAAGACACUACCCUCCCACCCCCCACCAGGUAAUUCUUCUGCCCUAGGUUUGACCCUCCUAUGGCAUAACUGUGCAUUAUCCACAUUUUUUUUUCCUGCAAGUCUUCCUGGUUCUCCAGCUUUGCUUCCGCUCUUGACCCCAUGAUGCCAACACAAAUAAGGAGGCCUUAGGUUACCAAGACAACUGGAGCACAGGAAACCGUAAAGGCUCAGUGCUCCCACAGGCAUCACAGACUGUGGCUGUGCUGACUUGCUUUCUCCUUAGGGACUCAGCCAUACUUCCUUUUCCCCAUCCCCCAAACUACCCAGACUGGCAGAUACUGAGGCCCAAGCCACAAACCCUGAUUUCACAGAUCUGGUAGUAGAUUUCUGGGGUAGGUAGAAUAGGAAUUGGUGAAUGAAGCUUUUCUUCUAGCAUUGAUAUUUCAUGUCAUCUUGGUGAUAAUUGAAUUUGUAAUCAUGAGAACUACAUUUCCCUGGGAGUUGGUUGGUAGAUGCAAGCUUUGGAAUCAGGAUGCUUCUCUUUAUGUUAUUUAUACCUGCUUCACUGGACCUUGAGUCUUAGAUGUUUUUGCAUCCCUAGCUAAAUGUGUUUACAAUUUGCGUUGGGCCAAAACAUUUAGCACUCUACUUCUGGAACACUGGAAGCAGCUAAUGUUUAGCAAGAAAAGAAUAUUUUUAGGGCCAGGUGCUGUAAUCCCAAAAUGCCAGCACUUUGGGAGCAUGAGGCAGGUGGAUUGCUUGAGUUCAGGAAUUCAAGACCAGCCUGGUAAUUCAAGACAAAACCCUGUCUCUACAAAAAAAAAAAAAAAAAAGAAAAUACAGACAUUAGCCAGGCCUGGUGAUGUACUCCUGUAGUUUCAGCUAUUUGGGAGGCUCAGGCAAGAGAGUCACUUGAGCGAGAGAGUCUCAGCUACUUGGGAGGCUCAGGCGAGAGAGGUCAAGGCUGCAGUGAGUCAUGAUUGUGCCUGGGUGACAGAGCAAGACGACCCUGUCUCAAAAAAAUAAAAAAUAAAAAUUUACCAAAUAAUGAAUUUGGGUUCUAUUUAUACUUAUAUCAAAGCUAGUCAUUUUUUAAAGGAGGAUCAUCUGGCUUGAUUAAUUCUCUUUAAAGCCAUGAAUAAAUGAAAACCUACUUGCACUUAGAUGCUUAAAAAUAUUGACUCGGGCUGGGCAUGGUGGCCCACACCUGUAAUCCUAGCACUUCAUGAGGCCAAGGCUGGCAGGUCACUUGAGGUCAGGAGUUUGAAAUCAGUCUGGCCAACAUGGUGAAACCCCGUUUCUACCAAAAAUACAAAAAAUUAACCGGGCAUGGUGGCACAUCCCUGUAAUCCCAGCUGAGGCAGGAGAAUCGCUUGAAGCUGGGAGAUGGUGGUUGCAGUGAGAUUCUUUAAAAAAAAAAAAAAAAUUGACUUGAUCCAAAAUAGGAGCAGGCUGCCUCCAUGGGACAUUUGUGCCAGGCCAGAACAAGGGAGAAUAACGGGAAAUAAGGCAGAUGUGAUAGCUCCCUUUAGACAGUUGAAGGACUCUCAAUGAUGAAGGAGGGAUUAGAUGUACUUGGUUUAGUUCCAGAAGAUAAAUAACUUAUUUAGUGAUAGGGGAACAAAUUUUGGCUUGAUAAGGAAGAACUUUUGAAUCAUUUGAGGACCCCAAAGUGGAAUUAGCUAAAUUGUUAGGCAGUGAAUUGUGACUGUAUUGUUUAUGUAGAGCUUAGAUGAACGUUUGCACAAGGUUUGGAUGAAGUUUUAGACAUUAAAUUGGGUUCAGUCUGCAAGGAAAAGCAGGCAGAUUUAGGAAGAGUCAAUUUACCCUUCUGUCAUGUGAUUCUGUGGCACUAUUAAAUUCAUUAUUUUUUUUCUAGGCACCUCUGUCAAUUUUACCCUCUCAAGUAAUUGAUAAUAGAGUUGAUAGUAAAGUCUUUAGAGAUUUCUCAAACGUUGUAUCUUAUCCCUCUGGAGAUUUCUCAAGGAUGCCUCAGAAGUGGCUGAGAAUGGUGAAAUGAAGGCCAUCUGGGGCUCUGAGCCCUUUACCUAUGCUCCAACCAGAACAAUCUUGCUUUUAUUUAUUUUACAAAUUAAAUGUAAUGGCUUCCUUGAAGAUUUUCUUUUUAACAGAAGAAAAAUGGUUCCGCUGUAAAAAAAAAAAUUAAAGGCUCUGAUAUUUUAAGGUCUUCCUUUUAUUGACGGGAAAACUGAGAUACAGAAGAAGUGUCUUGCCAAAGGUCACACAGUUAGUAAAGUUCAGAGUUGGGAUUCACAUCUAGCUCUUCUAGUUCAAAUUGUUUUUCUUCCACUCUACAAGUCUGCCUUGUUAGAAUUCAGUAAAAGCUUCUCUCCAUUCUACUGGCCACCACUGUAAUCCAGAAUCUCAUUUCUUCUAAUCUUCUAUUCUGUAUUAGCCACUUACCUAGUCUCCUUGCUGUCUAAUUCUGUUCUAUAUUAUAUAUGCUCUUGCCAUUUUAUUCUUCUUGGAAUAUUGUUUUCAUUCUGAGAUUUCCCUAUUUAAGAACCUUCUCCCUAUCUCUUAUAAGAACUUUUCAGCCUGGCCUUAUGUUAGCAUUCUUUAGAAUCCUCCUUGUUCAGCUGAAUGAGCCUAAAUCCAUCCUAUUAUGAGUAAUUAAUGAGCUAUAUAAUAGUGAGAUUAACUGAGUCCCUCCCUAUUCCUAGACUUCACCUUUGGCAGGAUUUUCAUAUAUACAGUUUUAAUCAGGCAUGACGAGAAGAUACAAAAGAAAUAGAAAAUUGCAGUCCAUAAAAAGCAAGUUACAUAGUAAUAUGAAUAAUAUAAUCCUAUUUAUAUCUCACAUGUAUUUUUUAAAACAAGAAUGAGAUGUAUAGAAAUUGUGUGGAAGAAAACACAUCAGGCUGGGCUCAGUGGCUCAUGCCUGUAAUCCCAGCACUUUGGGAGGCUGAGGCAGCAGAUUACCUGAGGUCAGUUCAAGACUAGCCUGGCCAACAUGGUGAAACCCCGCCUCCACUAAAAAUACAAAAAUUAGUUAGGUGUGGUGUCAUAUACCUGUAAUCCCAGCUGCUUCGGGGGCUGAGGCAGGAGAAUCGCUUGAACCUGGGAGGUGGAAAUUGCAGUGAGUCGAGAUUAUGCCACUGCACUCCAGUCUGGGCAACAGAGUGAGACUCUGUCUCAAAGAGAUUGAGAAAGGAUGAGGGGAGGAAAGGGGACUUCCACCUCCUUUUUUUACUCAGAAGACUGAGCAGACUGUUUGAGACCAGAAGGUCGAGGCUGCAGUAAGCCGUGAUCAUGCCACCGCACUCAGCCUGGUUGGCAGAGUGAGACCCUGUUUCAAAAAAAAAGUGGAGAACACAGUUUUUUUUCCCACAGUGGAGACCUUUUGAAGUAUUAACCUUCUGGAAAAAGGUUAAUUUCAAGUCUUAUAGCUUGAUCUGAUUUUUAAAAAUUUGAUGUAAGCUAAUCAUGAGAAGUGUGCAGAUUCACACUCUUUAACUCCUGUGGAUUGAAAAACAAAUUAUCUAACUUCCAUUUCCACUGGUCAGAGAACUCAUUCUUCUGGUAUGUUUCAGAAGGCUGAUGGAGCAAGGAUAACCUUAUAUUACCAAUGGACUGCUUAAUCUCUAUAAUGAUUUGUUGGCCAGCUACUACUAUUGAUAACAAAAAUACUUUUUUUUAAUUUUUGAGUUGGAGUCUCACUUUGUUGCCCAGGCUGGAGUGCAGUGGUGUGAUCUCACUGCAACCUCCGCUCCCCAGGUACAAGCAAUUCUCCUGCCUCAGGCUCCCUAGUAGCUGGGAUUACAGACAUGCGUCACCAUACCAAUAAUUUUUGUAUUUUUAGUAGAGACAAGGUUUCACCAUGUUGGUCACGCUGGUCUUGAACUCCUGACCUCGUGAUCCACCCUCCUUGGCCUCCCAAAGUGCUGGGAUUACAGGUGUGAGCCACUGCGCUGGCCAAAAAAUACUUUAACUGUUUCAAGAUACUUUUUUGUUAACUUUAUUGAAAUAUAACUUAUAUACAAGAAGAUGUAUCCAUUUAAAAUGUACAAUUCAGUGAGUUUUAACAUAUGUAUAUAUCUGUAUAAUAAUCUCCCAAUCAGGAUAAAGAACAUCUCUGUCACCAACCUGCUCCACCCCCAGAUUUUCUUAUUACCGUUUGCAUUUACUCUCCCCUCAUUGCAAUCCACACUGAUCUGGUUUCUAUCACUGUAGAUUUGUUUUGUAGAGUUUCAUGUAAAUGCAGUCACAGGGUAUGUAUUCUGCAUUUGGCUUCUUUAACUCAGCACACUGUUUUUGAUAUUUAUUCAUUUUUUUGUGUAUAUUAAUAGUUUGGCCAGGCACAGUGGCUCACACCUGUAAUCCCAGCACUUUGGGAUCCUGAGGUGGGCAGAUCAUGGGAAGUCAGGAGUUUGAGACCAGCCUGGCCAACGUGGUGAAACCCUGUCUUGACUAAAAAUACAAAAAUUAGUUGGGCAUGGUGGUGCUCGCCUGUAGUCCCAGCUACUCAAGAGGCUGAGGCAGGAGAAUCUCUUGAACCCAGGAGACGGAGGUUGCAAUGAGCAACCACUGUACUCCAGCCUGGUGACAGAAUGAGACUUCAUGGCAAACAAACAAAAAAAAAAUUUGUUCUUUUUUUAUUGCUGGGCAAUAAUUCAUUGUAUGGACAUACAGCAAUUUGUUUACCCAUUCAUCUGAUGAUGGACAUUUGGGCUGUUUUCCACUUUUUUGGAAGCUGCUAUGAACAUUCACAUUGAAGUCUUUGUGGACAUGUUUGCAUUUUUCUAAGAUAAAUACCUAGGAGUGAAACUUAGGUCUGUUGUAAGUGAAUGUUUUACUUGAUAAAGAAAAAACUACCAGUUGGGUGCAGUGGCUCAUGCCUGUAAUCCCAGCAGUUUGGGAGGCUGAGGCACGCAGAUUGCUUGAGUCCAGGAGUUUGAGACCAGCUUGGACAACAUGGCAAAACCAUCUGUAAAAAAAAUUAGCUGUGUGUGGUAGCUGAGGUGGAAGGAUCAUCUGAGUCUAGGAGGCAGAGGUUGCAGUGAACCAUGAUCUUGCUGUUGCACUCCAGCCUGGGCAACAGAGCAUGACCCUGUCUCAAAAAAAAAAAAAAAAGUUCCUAAUUUAUUUAUUUAUUUAAGAUGGGGUUUCACCAUGAUGGCCAGGCUGGUCUUGAACUCCUGACCUCAGGUGAUCCACCAACCUCGGCCUCCCAAAGUACUAGGAUUACAGGCGUGAGCCACCGCGCCUAGCCUUUUAUUAAUAAAAUAAUUUUUAAUUUUUUUAAAAAAAGAAAGUGCCAUACUGUAUUCCAAGUGUCUGUACAACUUUCCACUUACCAGCAUUAUGUGAGAGUUCUAGUUGCUUUGCAUCCUCAUCAGCACUAUUGUCAGUUUCCUAAAAAACAAACAAACAAAAAAACACCCUAGUAAGUGUGUAGUGGUGUCUCACUGUGGUUUUAAUUUGCAUUUUCCUCAUGAUUAAUGACAUUGAGCAUCGUUUUGUGUGCUUAUUUGUCACCAGUGUCUCAUAUUUGGUGAAAUCUAUUCAAAUUAUUUGCCCAUUUAAAAAACUGGAAUGUUUGGCUUCUUGUUACUGAGUUUUAAGGGUUACUUGUAUAUUCUGGAUACAAGUCCUUUAUGAGUACAUGAAUUAAAAAUACUUUCCCCCAGUUGGUGGCUUGCCUUUUUGUUUUCUUUAUAUUGUCUUUUGAGGAGCGUAAGUUUUAAAUUUUGGUGAAGUCAAAUUUUUUGCUUUUUUCUUUAUGGCCAGUAUUUUUUGUAUCCUGCGCAAGAAAUCUUUCCUUACACCAAGGCCACAAAGGUUUUUUCCUACAUUUUCUUCUGUAUCUAAAAGUUUUGUAAUUUGAGCUUUACAUUUAGGUCUUUUAUGUUUAUGAUCCAUUUUGAUCACAUGCUCAAUUUUGUUCUCACUGCACAAAAAAACACAGUAGGAAAGGAAGAAUCUGGAAUAGAGAUGACUGCCUCUCUCAAAAGACAGAUUGUAUAAUAGAAAUAUUAAACUUUUGUUCUGUGCAUUAUCUUCAUCUAAUAUUUAUUAAGUAAUAACUAUUCAGUAGUAAACUAUAUAUAAAUUACCUAAUGUGAGUCAGGCACUGACAUAUACUAGACAAUGCUCUUGUUCCCUUGGAGUUUAUAUUCGAGUGGGAGAAAUUGUGUUUUUAUUAUAGUGAGCAUCCAUCCUUUAUAUGGUAGUCAAGAAAAAUGUCAUUGCCAUUGCCUCUAUCUGUGAUUUCCCAAAUCCUCAGUUGAAGGAAGCAUUUUAGGUUGUUGGUAAUCUUCUUAAUACUAUUGUAUGAUAAAGCAUGAACCUGUUUCCACAAAGAGUUACUGAUCUGCAGAGAAAAGGGAAUCUUGGGCUGCAUACAGCCACCUACAAUGUGUGAUGUGGUAGAGCAGUACUGAAUGCACAGUCUUAUCAAAUGAUCUCAUGUUCCUGUCACUACUGAGGUGUAAUGACCAGAGUUAAUGAUCUUCUCCGGGUUUAAGCAAAUUGGUUUGUUUUUGUUUUUGAGACGGAGUUUUGCUCUUUUUACCCAGGCUGGAGUGCAAUGGCACGAUCUCCGCUCACCACAACCUCCGCCUCCUGGGUUCAGGCAAUUCUCCUGCCUCAGCCUCCUGAGUAGCUGGAAUUACAGGCACGCACCACCAUGUCCAGCUAAUUUUUUGUAUUUUCAGUAGAGAUGGGGUUUCACCAUGUUGACCAGGAUGGUCUCGAUCUCUUGACCUUGUGAUCCACCCGCCUCGGCCUCCCAAAGUGCUGGGAUUACAGGCGUGAGCCACCGUGCCCGGCCCAAGUUAAGGGAUUGUUACAUUAGUCCAGGUGAAGGAUGAUGGUGGUUUGAACUGCAUAGGGUAGAGGUAGUAGAGAAGAUAGAUUUGGGGCAUAUUUUGGAGGUAUGUCCAGCAAGGCUUAGAUGUGGAGAGUAGUGAGGAAGAUGGAGAAUUCAAGGAUAACCAAGGUUUUUGGUUGAACACCUAUGUGGAUGAUAGUGUCCUUUGCUGAGUAAGAGAACACUGGAAUGGGAAAAUAUUUUGGAGGAAAAUCAUGUGUCUGGUUUGGAUGUUGAGUUUGAAGUUCUUGCAAGACCAUCCAGUGAAGAGAUCCUGUGGGCAGUUGGGUAUAUGAUUUGAAACCUGAUAGAAAUGGACUAGCAAUUCAUUCUUGGCAUAUAGAAAUUCGUUAUUGGAGCAGUGGGCAUAGGUAUUACUGCAGAGAGAGAGAGAAUUGAGUGGAAAAACAAAUCUAAAAUAUAUCCCUGAGGAUCAUUAAUCAACCCAAGGGCAAGCAGAGAAGGAAGAGUCGGUAAGAGACUGAGAAAGAGCUGCCAGGUUGGAAAAAACCUGGACAGUAUGGUGUCAUGGAGGGUAUACCACUGCAGUCAGCUGUAGGGGAGUGUCAGAGUGUUUGACUGGACUUCUGGAGAUGCUCAAGUUACCUACAAUAUUUGAUGGAGUGGGUAGGCUACAGAGGAUCAGAGGAGCACACCUGGAACUCCCAGUCUCCUGUAAGUAUCUCCCUAAUAAACACAUCAUCCUUCUGCCUGUCAAAUUGGAAGAAAACCUGAACUCCAGGAAGUAGCAGGGGUUCAGAGGAAAGAGAAGGUGCUCACACAGGUUAUACCUUUAACCUGGUGAGGUCUGGAAGGAUCAGAGUAAAUUUUAGUCUCUGGAUCUGAAGCAUCCCAUACAUUUUGUUGCCCUCUUACCACUUCUAGAAGUUGACCUUACUUUUUUUCCUCUGUCUUUGCCUCUUAUCUUUGCCCCUCUGAUUCUCUAGCCUGGUUGAUUCUCCUUGGCUCUUGAGCUUGGUUUAGUUUGUGUAGCACUCCUUUUCUGAGGAGUAACUUCCAUAACAAAUAUUUGCAGUAACUCCUCUGCUUGGCUGGCAAGUCCCAGAACCUUUGUCCUUAUGUACUGCCCUAAAAAGCAGUCACCCCCGAGCACAGCUCAGCUUUAUAGGCCUAGAUAUGAUUAGAUGCUUCCUUUACCCCUUCUGGAGGUGUUAGUGGCUCUGAGCUUAGAAGUUCUGUUCUCCUUAACCAUCUCCUUCUCUUGUUUUGCUUGUCCGAAACGUAUUUAUUAGCUAGAUGUUGAGGUUAAUAGUUCUACCCUUCAGUGAAGAUUGAUGAAAAAUUAGCCCAAAAUUGCAGUUUUCUAAUUUAAAAAAUCUAUAAUCUCUAUGUUCUGUGAGUUGGGUCUGAGGGAUGCCUCUAGCUCUUAGCUUUUAAUUUCAGGACUGAAUUUAACAUACCCUGGGUUUAAGUGGUGGCUUGUAAUUUCUAUAUAGGAGAAGCUUAAGGGGGGAAAUCUGAUUGGAAGAGAAGGGAGGUAGUUAGGUUUGCCUUAAAGCUGAGUACACAAGAGUAAUCUUAUCAGUUGGCUGGGACUGACUGCCAGAAAAAUUAAAAAACAAAGAUGUGGUUGAUAAAAAAUGUGUACUUUGUUCAUGUAAGUGAUUUUUAAAAAUGUAGACUCUGAGACCUUUUUUUCCCACCUUCCGUUGGCCAAUUAUUGCAUUUACAUAGUUUCUUCCUUCCUUCCCCAAAUAAGGUAUAACACCAUUAACCUGAGAAUUUUAAACACAUGCUUUGCUCACUUUUUUUCUGUUUAUGUAUUAUUUUUAUUUGGAUUAUUUUGGGGGGAGGGGAGGCAGGAGUUGCCAUUUGUGCCAAUGACUCUUCCUCAAAUCUUCCAAGCAAUCUUUUCCUUGGGGAGUUGUACUACAAAAUUCUAAUAAUUACUGUUGUGCAAUAUCGAGAUACCUUACAUAUGUAGCAACAAUGGCACAUAUGCUCACACCCAGUGAAACAAGGUCAUUUUCUACUGGCAAUAAUAUGCAUUGAGGUGACAGGUGAUGGUAUGGUUAUGGAUUAACUCACCAAGGAAAUGAGUCUGGAAAGAAGAAUGCAGAAAUCUGAGGACUAGAGCCUGGAGGGGGGAAGCUUUGAGUUAAGAGGAAGAAGAGGACUUCACCAUGGGGAGCCAUCAGCUGGACAUUGAGAUGGAAGGAUGACUAUGAGUAUGAGCUAUUACAGAAGCCAUGGUAAGAGUAGUAAGUAGAUGACAUUAACAUCAAAUGUGACUGAUGUGUAACUGGAGCAACUUACUGUCAUAUGCGAACUAACAACUCUACUGUGUUCUUCUUAAUCUAGAUAAUUUGUAAAAAUUUUACACUAGACUAUUCAGUUCUAUUCAACAAGUAUUUUUUGAGCUGCACACUAACUGUGGUGGGGUUGUAUAAAAGCUCUAAAGUUGUGUUUUAAAAUAAUAUGUCUUUAUAAACAAAUAUGCUGGCAAUUUAUACAUAAAACUCUCAAACUUUACUGGUAUAUUUGUUAAGUGGAGACUAUAGACCUAUUUCAGUGACAUUUACAAAAACUCCUUUGGUAUUCUUUUAUCCUUGUUGUACCUUAAAAAGAAAACCCAUAUAUAACUUCUAUUGUUACAAAAGUAAUACAUAAUUAUUGAAAAAUACAACUGGGCAUGGUGGCUUAUGGCUGUAAUCCCAGCACUGUGGGAGGCUGAGGUGGGAGGAUCACUUGAGCCCAGGAGUUCAAGACCAGCCUGGGCAACAUGGUGAGACCUUGUCUCUACAAAAAAAUAAAAAAACAAAUAGCCAGACUUGGUGGUGAGUACCUAUUGCUUGGGAGGCUGAGGCAGGAGGAUUGCUUGAGCCCAGGAGGUUGAGGCUGCAGUGAGCCGAGACUGCACUGCUGCACUCCAGCCUGGGUGACAGAUGGAGACCCUGUCUUAAGAAGAAAGAAAAGAAAAGAAAAUGUAUAUAUAAAUUAUAACACAUACUAUCCCUAAAGAGACAGUCAAUCUUAACAUUUUGAUUUUUACUGUUCCAGGUUUCUUUCUUUCUUUUUUUUUUUUUUUUUGAGAUAGAGGCUUGCUCUGUCAACCUAGGCUGGAAUCCAGUGGUGCUAUCUCAGCUCACUGCAACCUCCACCUCCUGGAUUCAAGCGAUUCUCCUGCUUCAGCCUCCCAAGUAGCUGGGACUACAGGCUCACACCACCACACCUGGCUAAUUUUUGUGUUUUUAGUAGAGACGGGGUUUCACCAUGUUGGCCAGGCUGGUCUUGAACUCCCAACCUCAGGUGAUCCACCCAUCUCAGCCUCCCAAAAUGCUGGGAUUACAGGCGUGAGCCACUGUGCCCAGUCCCAGUUUUCUUUUAAAAAAAAUUUUAUUUAAUUUUAAAAAAUCUUUUCCGCUGAACAGCCUGUGGGGAGAUAUAUAUAUAUAUCAGAUAAACUAUAAACUUAAAUCUAAUUUUCAGCUUGGCUAGAUUUAGUUUAGACUUUUUCAUUCUUUUUUUGUUUUUUUUUUUGAGGCGGAGUCUCGCUCUGUCACCCAGGCUGGAGUGCAGUGGCAUGAUCUUGGCUCAUUGCAACCUCCGCCUCCUGGGUUCUUGCAAUUCUACUGCCUCAGCCUCCUGAGUAGCUGGGACUACAAGCGCACGCCGCCGCACCCGGCUAAUUUUUUGUAUUUUAGUAGAGAUGGGAUUUCACUGUGUUGCCUAGGCUGAUCUCGAACUCCUGAGCUCAGGCAAUCCACCCGCCUCAGCCUCCCAAAGUGCUGGGAUUACAGAAGUGAGCCACCGCGCUGGCUUUUAAUUUUUAAAAUAAAUAAAAGAGAUGGGGUCUUGAUUUGUUGCCCAGGCUGGUCUCAGACUCUUGGGCUCAAGUAAAUCCUCCUGCCUUGGACUCCCAAUGUUGGAGUUGCAGGUGUGAGCCACCACACCUGGCCCAUAUUGUGAUUGUUAAAGAUCUUUCUUUGGCUGAGCACAGUGGCUCAUGUCUGUAAAUCCCAGAAUUUUGGGAGGCUGAGGUGGGUGGAUCACCUGAGGUCGGAAGUUUGAGACCAUCCUCUUCAACAUGGAGAAACCCCGUCUCUACUAAAAAUACAAAAUUAGCUGGGGAUGGUGGCAAAUGCCUGUAAUCCCAGCUACUCAGGAGGCUGAGGCAGGAGAAUCACUUGAACCCAGGAGGCAGAGGUUGCAGUGAACUGAGAUUGCGCCAUUGCACUCCAGCCUGGGCAACAAGAGUCUAAAAAGCAAAAACAAAA